GGUGAGCUGUGAGACCAGACGUUCUGAAAAGCUCCGCUCUUACUCAAACGCAAAUAUGAGAACGUCAUCGAUGCUCCUGGUGCUGCUUUUGGCUGGGGCCGUGCUUUCAGCCCCUUCGUCGUCGAGGCAGGUAGCGCUUAUCAAUGCCUUCAGCGACCGAAAGACAGUGGAGUCCAUCGUCGACUGUUUCCUCGGCAAGAAGAAGUGUUCCCCUGAGGAGGAGAAGAUGAGAGUGCGUGCUCUCGCCACCAUGAGGAACUUCGGCUCGUGUCCCUCCAACCUGUGCACUCCCGAAGAGGCCGCCGAGAUGAGCACUGCCAUGGGGCUCCUGGCUGACAAGUACCCCGACCUGUGGGCUAAGUUGAUCGCAGCUAUGUUCGGCAUCGACCUUGGGAGAAAAUAGAAGUAAUAUAGAGAUGUAGCUUUAGUUGUAUGUUAUCGUGUUUUUUUUAUAAUAAAAUUAUUUUGAAA